AUGCCCAGUGGCAGUGGCAGGCAGCAUCAGCCGUGGCUGGCUAGCUGGCGAUGCCCACUGCCCAUGACGACAAAGAUGCCCACAAAUUUUGAUGACGAGAUGGAAAGCUCCAAACAUCAAACACACCCCAGUGGAGGUGUUGAUUUACACAUCGGCCGGUGUGAGUCUGGUCCUAGCGGAGAGGGUGUUACGUCAAGCGAUUACCGGCUAAGGUUAUUGUUUGCUGGUGGCGUGGGAUUAUACUUCAGUGCCAUACGAUCAGAUGCCUACCAAGGGAGCAUCAAAGUAUUUGCUGUUAAGGCUGGAUUUUUCACCUUAUCGGUUAUCUGCCUCUUUGUGAACACCAUAGCCAGUGCCUUCUGUGGCAUUCAGGGGAAUGUCAUACAAACCAUGCUCCAUUCAGACUCUGCCUGCAAGAUCAUAGACAAUGGUUGCCAGUGCACCAGGUCUUCUGACGAUGGCUUUGGACGUAUCUACAUGUACCUAGAUGUCUUAGACUGUUCUAGCUUCCUCCUCAACCUCCAGACGUAUCUCUAUAUACAAUGCGCCCUCAAUGCAAUAGGCGGAGCUGCUUCUUUCAUGGUGGUCAUUCUCCUGUGGCGAAGCCGCUACAUGGACUUCCACUCCGGCUUACGCUUCUACUCCUACAGCGCCGCCAUCCCCAACCACCCCUGGUCCGACCCCAGCACGCCCCCUUACAUGUCGCACGUCAACGCCAACGGGAACGUCAAUCAUCAGACGGUGGACUGCACUUUCACCUUUGAGCAGCAGAGGUGACAUAGGGCUGAGGUAGAUAGUUUGCCAUUCCAAUGUGUCUUCAGUAACCGUACUAAGGUCAAAAAUGGGGAAUUCCCUAAAGCUCUGUCAAACUACUUCAUCAAACGCACACAAGACUUGGUCCUUGUUUACAAUUUGCAUACAAGGUUACAUUCUUUCAGUGCAAUGUAUCCAUUCUACCAGACCAAGUGCUAUUGAAAAAAUUGACAUGGUCAGUAUUUUCAAUGUACUAUUUUCUGGGGGAUGGGAUGGGACUAAAUCCUGGCUUGUAAGAGUGAAUUUAUAUAUUUUAAAUAUCAUUUCAGGGAAAGGUUUAAAGUAUGUUUCUCAAAUGAAAAAAACCUUAGAUAUUCCAAAUACAUUAGUUUCUUUUUUUGUUUCAUAAGUAUUCAUUUCAAUUCCAUUGUUACUGUAAGUAAUGAGACUAUUUUAUAAUUACUGAACUAGCUAAAGCACUUGAUGGGUCGUUUACUAGACAACUAGAAAUACUUUUUUUAUAUACAGUAGUAAUUUUUCAAGUAUAGAGUGUUGCUUGAUUUUGAUAUAAUUGUAUUUUAUGCAAAUUAUGUCUUAUUCACAUAUGAAGACAAAUCUAUAAAGUUAGAUAGUAACCUGCUUUCGGGGAGUUUGUAUUUAUUGGCUGGCUAUUAUGGUGAGAAUAGUGUAUGGAUAUUAACUUAUUUAUUUGCCGAAAUUUCAUUGAGAAAUGAAUGAGCAAGCAAAUCAUACUUGAAAGUAAAAUCAUGUUUAUAGUUAUAUGCAAUAAUUUAUUGUUUUUAAAAAAGUUUUUAACUUUUUCAAUGUUUUAGACUGUCUAGUAUAUUUUGUCACUCUUCUUUGUCUUAUUAAAUCAUGUUUCAACUCUACAAGCAAACCUUCUAUCUCUUCAAAUAGAAAUAAAGCAUGAAAUGCUAUCAGAUUUCUCAAUAAUUUGUUAUGGUAAAAACUAAGAAAAUAAUGCUAAAAAUUGUAUUAAUGGAAGAUUGAAAAUGUUGUAAGAACAAAUAAUCACUUUUUCAUUCCGUCUUUUCAUACAAAUGGUAAAGAAAUACAUUAAAAACUCUAUAUUCUUCAUUUAGAUAAUCUUAAUUCGUUUCCAUGUUAGUGUACUUUAAUAACCAUGAAAUGAAAAGAAAAUGAAAAUAAUGAAUAAUAAAAUACUCAUGUUGAUUGAUUGCUUAAAAUGUUUUUUUGAGUUUUGGGUAAUUUUAGUAAAAGGAACGUUUAAUAUUAUGACUCUAUGCGGAGCCCCUAAAAAUAAAUUGAAAGAAAGUUGUAUGAUUUUAUGCAUCUUUCCCCCAUCAUCUCAUCAGAUGAUAUAUAUUUCUAAUUGUCUGUCCAAGGGCAUUGAUGCAAAGACCUGAACAAAGAAUUAAUGCCCUUCUGGCUCUCAACAGAUUGUAUUGUCCAAUCAUCCAAUUGUCUGUUUAUGCUAUCUGAUUGCUUUUUGUCUAUUGUGUGCUCAUGUCUCUAUUCUUCCAUCAAUAUUUGUUUUGUCUGUCGGGCAUUAUAAUGUCAAGCUUCUUAUUUGCUUAUACUCUUUUAUUUCAUACCUCAUUUUGAAAGGCUGAACAAACAUACAUAUUUGAGAUAUAAAGGUAGUCAAUUAGCUAUUAUGACUUUUGUCUUUUAAGACAAAAAUGCACUGCUGACUGAUGUUUGAACAAAUGGGUCAUUAUUUGAACAAAUUUAAAAUAUCAGGGUUAAUUGACUUGUCAUGAAAAGGGGAUUCAAUCUUCAUUCGAGUGGUCCCAACUGGAGGCUAAAUAUUCAAAGAAAUGCAUGAGUGAAAGUGUUCAGGUAAACCGAGCAGAGAAUUAGGAAGUUAUUAAUCUGUAAAAUCACUACAUUGAAAUUGAGAUCCUCUCAUUUGCAUUUCAUUUAUGAUGUUUGCUAUCACAAUGAGACAACUUGUCUAUUUGUUCUAUACUAAGACUGAAACAACUUUUUUGCUGAAUUUCUGUUGUGGAACUUGCAUUUUCAUGGACGGACAUGUUAAAACAUGUAGCUUAUUUUGAAGAACAUGUGUGUUCCAGCAUAAGAAAGAGUUGAGAAGAGGGAAUCUCAAUUAAAUCGUUGAACAACAAAUGGAGAGGUAGUCCCACAAUGACAUCACACAUCUUAACAGAAAUGGCUGAAGAAGGAAUUCCAUAUAAAUGAUGAUUUUUAACUUUCUCAUUCUUUGUUCUAAGUAUGCUUAAUUUAUCGUUUCUCAGAUUUUCCUGCUUCCAGUCAAACCAACUUUGUAUGAAGGUUUAAUUCCCCUGCCAUGUUAUUUCUUCCUUUCUUUGUUUUGAAUCUAUAUAUGAAUUAUCCAGAAUUAUUUCUGAAGUAGAACUUCUGUGUUUACAAUGUUUCCUGUUUGUAUCUUGUCUUUUUCUCAAUGCUUCAGUAUUGUGUUUUAAAAGCGAACCUUUGGGAUAACUGGUCAGUACAGUAUUGCAUAACACCAAGUGUUUUAUUGAUGAUGGGUGUGAUUUAAACUGUGUACAGUUUGCAGCUUAUGAUAUAUGCCUUAUGUUAAGGGAUUUAUAUAUUCUUAUGAUUAUAUUAUUGCUUUGAGAUGUGGUGAUACGAUGUAGUUUACAUACUAACAUUCCAAUAUUUACAUAGCAUAAACUAAUUAUUGAUUUGUUAUUUUAGCUCAAUAUUAUAAAGUUGCUUUUUAAUACUUCACUAUGUUAUCAACUUUCAGGGAUUGUUUUAGAGUUUUUUCUGUAUUAGUGGACUAAUAUUAAAGUCUGAUGGUUUCAAAUCCCCUUUAAUAUAUACAAAAUGAAAGUAGCAUGUAGUAUGUUUAAAAGAAUAUGACUAGCAGUAUUUAUUGUAAUUCUGGCCCAAGGAAGGAAAAUUUGUUUGUUUUUUGGUCAAACUUUGAUAAUUAAUGCCUGCCAUAACCUUGUGGACUGCAUUUUAUAGAUACGUGUAUCUGUAAUGAAUAUUGAUUUGUAUAGAACAAGCAAAUUCAGGCAUAAAAGUUCUGCAUUAGCUCUUCAAAAUAAAAUGUAUUGCAUUGUAAAUUUCAUAGCAGAAGAAAGUCGUGUAAUAGAUACCUUUCAUUGCUAAAAACAAAUAGUUAGGUUGAUUGAUUUAAAGUAGUUAUUUCAAUUGUUAUGAAAAUCAGUUCAUUUUGACGGAUUCUUUUUAAAUACUACAAUUGUUUUGAUUCUUGCAUAUUGACAAUCAUUUCAAAGAGAGUAUGUGAUGAUACUACUGUUAAUAAUCAAUAAGAAAUCUUUGCAACUUCUUUGAAACAUUUCAGUUAUCUUUAUGGUAACUGGAAUCUGCCUGUACUAUUACAACAUUGACAGGAAUGUCAUGUUUCAUUUUUAGGAGAUAUUUUGGUGUCAAUUUUGGAUGAACAGAAUAUCACUCAGCUAAUUUUUUUUAAUGGUUGGAAAGUGACCCUAUAUCAGCAGUAUUGUUUUUUGCUUUCUCCCCCUAAGAAAUCAAGAGGUUUAUUUUAUCAAUCUUUGUCUAAUUGGUCGCCUGGUAAAGAGUUUGUUUUGAUACUCUGGAGCAAGCACAGUGUCAAGCUAAGAGGGACUUGGAGGCAAAUAUUUUUAGAAAAGAAACAACUCUGCCUGUAAAACCUGACACCAUCUUUAAUUGGUUAGUCCAUUUAGCACUUGCUCGUUCUGUCAGUCAUUCUGCAGUGUAUUGAAGAUGAAUACUGCAUGCUGCUUUGAGAGAGGACACCUACUGGACUCGCGACAUCAAUGAUGGGGUUAAGAGAAUCACCUUUCCAUUUCUUCUAGGCAAGUGCCAAAAAUGAUUAAUAAAAUUAUGAGGGGAUUGUCAACUCAAAAUGCACGUUCUAGAAAUGUUAUAUGAAAGAGAGAAUGUGUGUGUGUGCGUGUAUACAAAGGAGAGAGAGAGAGAGAGAGAAAGAGAGAGAGGGGGGGUUGGGUUUAAAAAAAUUGAUAAGAAUUUUAAAAACCUGUUGACAAUAUCAUUAAAUAUACUUUUCAACAUCUUGCAGUGAAAAUGAAAUGAUGAUAAUGUGCACAUUUUGUUUAAACCAAUUAAAGAAAACAUAUGAGACAUUUUCAUGCAUAUUGAUCAUGAUAUAGCAUGUACAACAAUCAAUUUGUAUGGCUAUCUGGCACAGUGCAUGUAAAAUAAAAAGGCCAUAACAAGAUAUCUCUGUUAUUUUUUUGUUGGGGGUGGUAUCUUGCCAUAUAUCCUUUAGAAUUUAUUGUGCAUUUAGCUCCCAAAGGUUAUAAAUAGUACCUUAAAAGAAUGAGAACGUACUAUUGUCCUGUUAUUGCGCCUCAGGGCCCUGCCUUAUUAAGAGUUCUUGCAACUUGAAAUUAAUUGCAACUCCUAUUUAUAAAGAACACAGCAGCGAUUUAUUUCAAGUUGCAAGUGAUUCGCAUCAAUUGGAAUUCUUUAUGAUACAGGGCCCAAAAUGGGUUUAGCAUGCACCCCUCAUGUAUAUUUAACAUUAAGGAUUAACACAUUGACGGGUAUACAUCCAUUCUUAGGUAAGUUAUUGAUCAAACGGAAUAUACUAUUCUAUUUUAAUGGGGGUAACAAGGUAUAUGGCGGUGAUGAUGAUUAUAGCUAUGAUGAUCAAGAUUGUUUUAUGUAGUUUCUUUUUACAGAUCAGUGAUUAUAUAUUUACUACAUAUUGUACAGCUUUGUUGGUAUUAUUCUAACAAAGGUCUUUUGAAAUGGAUUGUAUUGGUAUUAAUACUGGGAGAAAAAUAAAAAUUACUAAAUCUUA